AUGUGUGCAUACUAUGCCAAGGUAUUAUCUGAAAGAUCUACCGAGGAUUCGGAAAUGGUUGAUAUCCACGUUGGAAAGGAUGAGGGUUCGGGUCACUUCCAGCUCCACAAAUCGAUUCUCUGUGAAAAAGUUCCCUACUUCGAAAAGAUGUUCAAUGGAAAUUUUGAAGAGGGCACAACUAACUCCGCAACUCUACCCGAGGAUGAUCCCAAAGCUUUCAACAUACUUGUUUCCUGGAUUUACUCAGACCAAGUGUUCCCGGUGGGACUAAGAGAGAAUCAAGAGAAAUGGUGCGUUGGAAAACUAUAUUUGUUAGCAGACAAGCUCUGUCUUCCUGACUUGAUGGACCGAAUAUUAGACGAGUUUACAUUCAACAUGGAGAGGGAUAAUUGGUUGCCGGUUAUUAUUAUGGACAUUCCACUCAGCGUUGAGAGUCUCUACAAAUGCUGUCCUCGCGAGAAUUGUGGGAUGUUUCGACUCCUUGUCUCUCUGAUGUGCUUUCUACUAUUAGAAACGUACAAGGCACAUUAUCUGAAGAAGUGGCCAACAGAGGAGAUUGACUCGUUUCUCACAUGCCACGACGACUUGAGACAUGCGGUUUUCAAGAUGAUGAGGACCAAACGUGAGCAAACAACUUUGAAAGAGCAGUUUUUGAAACCAGGAUGCCGGGUUCAUGAACAUGGAGAGGACCAGCCUUGUUCUCAGCUCUACAGAAGAGCAAACAAGCAAACGGAGCAAGGUUAG